GCGUGAGCCAUGGUAAAGAGUUUCAGGUUUCUGGUUGUAUGGAUCACUGAUUGAAUAAUAAAUGGCUUUACCUCGUCUCACAGGAGCCUUGCGCUCCUUUUCAAAUGUCACCAAGCAAGAUAAUUAUAAUGAAGAAGUAGCUGAUUUAAAGGCUUAUGUUGGAACAGAUAACGGGAGAGAAGCCAUUGAAAGUGGGGCUGCGUUUCUCUUCAUGACAUUUCACUUGAAGGACUCUGUUGGUCACAAGGAGACAAAGGCUAUUAAACAGAUGUUUGGCCCUUUUCCAUCGUCAUCUGCCACUGCAGCGUGUAAUGCUACUAGUCGAAUUAUUUCUCAUUUUAGUCAAGAUGAUCUUACUGCUCUCGUCCAGAUGACAGAAAAGGAAUAUGAUGAUAGAGUUGUUUUUGGUAAAAAUUUAGCAUUUUCAUUUGACAUGCAUGAUUUGGACCACUUUGAUGAACUGCCAAUAAAUGGUGAAACUCAGAAAAUUAUAAGCUUAGAUUACAAGAAGUUUUUGAAUGAACAUCUCCAGGAGCAUUGCACCCCAGAGCUCAAGCCUGUGGAAAAAACAAAUGGCUCCUUUUUGUGGUGUGAAGUUGAGAAAUACUUAAAUGCAACUGUGAAGGAAAUGACUGAAGCACCAAGAACUGAAGAUCUUUGCUGCACUUUAUAUGAUAUGCUUGCUUCUGUUAAAAGUGGUGAUGAACUUCAGGAUGAGCUAUUUGAACUGCUGGGACCUGAAGGACUUGAACUUAUUGAGAAGCUCCUCCAGAACAGAAUUACAAUUGUGGAUAGAUUUCUUAAUUCCUCUAAUGAUCAUAAAUUUCAGGCUCUUCAAGACAAUUGUAAAAAAAUUUUAGGAGAAAAUGUUAAACCCAAUUAUGGUUGUCAAGUCACUAUUCAGUCUGAACAAGAAAAGCAGUUAAUGAAACAAUAUCGCCGUGAAGAAAAAAGAAUUGCCAGACGAGAAAAAAAGGCUGGAGAAGAUUUAGAAGUUUCAGAAGGACUUAUGUGCUUUGAUCCUAAGGAAUUGAGGAUACAGAGAGAACAGGCACUUCUGAAUGCUAGAAAUGUUCCAAUUCUGAGUAGGCAGAGAGACAUGGACAUUGAAAAAAUACGUUAUCCCCAUGUUUAUGAUUCCCAGGCUGAAGCCAUGAAAACAUCAGCAUUCAUUGCUGGUGCAAAGAUGAUUUUACCAGAAGGAAUCCAAAGAGAAAAUAACAAGCUUUAUGAAGAAGUAAGGAUUCCCUACAGUGAACCAAUGCCAGUCAGCUUUGAGGAAAAGCCAGUUUAUAUCCAAGACUUAGAUGAGUUCUGGAGGCUAGAAGUACCAGAUUAAAUUGGUGCCAGA